UUUUUCAGUAUCUUUAAUUUAUUCAGUUACUUUGUUUUAUUUAGAAACUUAGUUUUCAUGAAGUCAACUGGUAUUGAAAUUAUAAACUCAGGACUUCAGUCAUCGAACGUUCGAAUGAUAUCAAAAAAUGAUUUUGGUCAUCUUAUUAGAAUUUUGAUGUCCUAUUUAUCGCCUACCAACUCGCCUGAAGACGUAAAUUGUGAAAAAGAAAUAAUUGAGAUUUUUAAUCAAUUUCAACAAUUUAUCGAAAGAGAGUUUCCAAUUAAUCGAAGAGUGGACGGGUUAAACGUUGCUAACAAUGCAAAGAUUAUUUAUCUUCACAUGGUUUACCUGAAUAAUAGAUUUAGACCUACAGAACAAUUAGCUCAAAAAGUUGCCGAUGUUUUAAGUGCUCUUCAACAAAUCACCAAACUUUCACAUGACCAGUAUUAUGGGCCAGUUAGGGCCUUGGAAAAUAGAAAGCUACAAAUUUCAUUAGGCUUGGUUGAGGUACUUACUGAAUUGUUCGUUCUGGACGUUAAUUUAUUCGGUAUCCAACUUACUUCAUAUGAGAAAUGCAGCAAAUUUCGUCGUUCCAUCGGAAAUGCUCUUAUGAAUUUAGUAUAUCAGCAGCGCGAGGCUAAACUUCGGCUCUGUACUAAUCGUCAAUUCUUGCUUAAAGUUGCUGAUUUCUACGCUGGUUUGAUCCAAAAUGUCUCAUAUAAUUCUGAUCCUUCUAUUUCUCAGCACUUGUCUAUUAUUGUACCCCCUCUUGUUCGUACAGCUGUUAAUAUUGCUUUAAAAGAACGUGUUGGAGUAAAGGUUUUCGAUCCUCUAGCUCUUUCUUCUCAACACAAACAACAGUUACUUAAAGUUCUCUCUGCUCUUUGGAAUCUUGCUGAAGAUCCUGCAAAAAAUAAACAUGUUAUGUGUAUUGAGGUUCCUGAAUUUGUCCCUAUGUUAUUACGGAUAAUGUUCUGUGACCAAAGUGAACUGCAAUUAAUACAAGCUGCCACUGGGAUUAUAAAACACUUGAGUGGUUAUUUUAUUCAAUUUCACGACUUAUUUGCUAAAAUUUUACGAAAAGGAUUGACUUCUGCUCUUAUGCGUCAAUUAACUUCUUCCUCAUCUGAUUUGAUCAUAGAUUCAUUAAGUGCUCUUUAUGCACUUUCUAGACAUCCAAUCAUUGGAAAGGAAAUUCUAUCAAAUGAAUCAUACAUGCAGCAGAUUGGUUACUUAACGCGAAAUACAAAUGAAGGAAUUUCUCGGGCUUCCAGAUUGGUACUUAACAACGUCUAUUCCGUGACAGUAUAUUUUGCCAAGAAUGCAGUACCUUUGGCUACUUGGCCGAUACAAAAUCUAAUCCUAUCACCUGUUGAUCCUUGUGGACAACAAAUGGCUUCAACAAAUUAUUCAAGUCUAAGACAGCAGAAUGAUCCUCCAAAAGUUAAUAAUCAAGAUUAUCCUGAGAGGAAAGAUGUCUCAAAUCUGGAAAGUAGAUCUGAGAGCAACAAUGAUUGUGUUUUUGUAGAAGGUUCGCUGCUAGAUCAUGGUGGCCAGGAUUUACCAACUAGCGUAAUGUGCACAAGAAAUGCUAGUUCUCGUAGUUCUAUCAAUUCAACUGACCUUAAGCUUCAAAUUUUAAAAGCAUUGGAUGAAAAUAAACACAGUGGUCAUUGCACUAAUGCAGAUAUCAGUGGAAAUUCUGAUAUUCAUGCAGGCGAUGUUAUUAAAAAUGCUAAUAUAUUGUUAGAAGACCACUCAACUGAAGGAAUUCUCGCGGAAGUUAUACGUGAUUUUAUGCCUAAACCCAAGGAUAAAAAUGUAUCUCUUAACGCAGAUGUUACUCGAAGUUCAACACCUAUUUUGACACCAAUUUCUUGUAACAGCCCUUGCAAAGCAACAUCUGAAAAUGAUGGGCCGAAGCACAAGAGAUGUACUCAAUUACUUGAGGACUCAAUUGCUGCAGUUAUGCCUUCUCCAAAACAUAGUGUUUCAAAUCAGUUUAGAAGCAGAGACACGUCUUGUUCGGGGACUUCCUCUUCAAAUGCGAAGAUACAACACAACAAUAGCGAGGAAGAAGAUAUAUUUUUGAGAAGUUCCAAAAAAUCCCUAGAUGUUGGCAGUGAUGCUCAAUUGAUUGUACUUGAUUGUCAAAAUAUUCCUUCAAAAACUUGCAAUCAAUCAGUUAACAUGGAAAAAAAUAUUCAAUAUUCUGGAAGGAAAUCAAUUAACAAACCCGAAUUUUCUGUUGCUUCCUAUUCGUGUUUACCAUUGUCGACUGAAGCAGAUAGACAUGGAUCAACUACCAGAAGGCAGCGAGUAAUUUCAUCAAUUUCAGACGGAGGCAUACAAACGCAUAAUUUACAAUCUUCGGUUUCAAAACCUAAAAAUCAACUGACAUCUAGAAGGAGUUGA